AUGCUGAUCCAGUACGCAUACAUCAAACCAAGGUCGCAGUUCGGUAAGCAAUGCUUCUUCGCAGAGACCGACCCGACCGUUCAGGAGAAUAUCCUGCCGGAUACGGAACUCAUGCGAAACUACGUCCGCAUGAGCCAUUGCCACCGUGGCGUACAGAUGUCCAAGCAAUUCGCUCUUCACGAGAUGCAGACUGCUCAUAAGGUAACAAAGGAGAGCGGGAUGUUACACUUGGAGGGCGGUUGGCCUAAGGAGAUAAACGUGAAGGACGACGAAGCCGUGCUGAGAUUUCGUCGGCGCGUGGUGAAGGACGAGUAUUGGGCGCCGAAGAUGAAGAGCCUCAUUGACCCUAUGGAAUGCUGUGUACUGCAGAAUAAUGCGAUCAACAUCUACGAGAAUUACUUUGACGAUAUGGAACCGACUGCACUCGUUCUUCCCCGUAGUAUAAGAACCUCAAACAUGUAUGUCGAUCCGCAACCUAUCGUAAGACCAAUCAAUCACCUGUCGUGGUCGCCAGGUGCACAGAAUCGAUUGGCUGCCGCCUACUCUUUCAUGGAGUUCGAGAUGAAAUCGUCCAACGUGAAUUCUUCCUCUUACAUAUGGGAUAUCGAGAACCCAAAUACACCGGUGAUAUGCUUGAGAUCAUCGUCGCCGUUAAUAAUCGUCGAGUUUAAUCCGCGCGAUCCGUCGAUGCUGAUUAGCGGACUGAUGUCUGGCCAAGUGUGCAACUGGGACAUCCGAAUUGGGGAUGGGCCAGUGCAAAUGUCCCAUCGUCAGUUUAGCCACAGAAACCCGGCGAACCAGGCGUUCUGGAUCCAAUCCAAGACCAACACGGAGUUCCUCUCGGCAUCCACCGACGGUACGAUUAAGUGGUGGGAUAUCAGGAAGAUGAGGCAACCGACCGACGAGCUGGUGAUGGAUCUGGAUGAUCCGCUUCGAGCGGAUAUCGUUCGCGCGAUCGGAGUCACAAAGCUGCAAUACGAACCGACGAUAGGGCACAAAUUCCUGGCCGGUAUGGAGAAUGGCAUGGUGAUCAACGUUAGACGGAAACUUGCGAAUCCGGUCGAUAAACUGGCAAUGAGGUUUAAUUGUCACGUUGGCCCUGUCAUCGCCAUCGAUCGAAGCCCCUUCGCGAUAAAGAAUUUCCUCACCGUGGGCGACUGGACUGUCAAAAUUUGGACGGAGGAUACCGCCAGGGAGGGUAGCUUGCUCACCAUCCGCGAACAGAAUACUGAUUUACGCGGAGGUUGCUGGAGCAGGUCCAGGUACUCGGUGUUUUUCACCAUAAACGCGACGGGUCUGUUGGAGGUAUACGACAUUUUGAAUGGCGUGGAUACGCCGGUGACUACGUUUCGCGUCUGCAAUGACCGUCUCACGGCCAUCGCGCCCCACGAGAACGGUCAGCUUCUGGCAGUCGGCAGUCACGACGGCAAUAUAUAUCUGGUGGAAUGCUCCGAAGGACUCAUUGUCAACACUAAAACUGACAAAGCAAACCUUACUGCCUAUCUCGAGAGCUGCGGUCGUUUCGAGAAGGCCGUUGACACGCGAUUGAAGGAAAUACGCUUGAUGCAAGCUGGCGUUCACGAGGAUUCCACAGCGGACCACUUGACGUUCGUAUCAAAGAACAGACAUAAGAAGGGAAACAAUAAGGAGAAAAAUAAGAACAGGGCGCAGGUUAAAGAAAAGGUCGAGCACUCUACGAAAAAAUCUCGGAUGAGAAAGUUGGAAAAGGACGACACGUUCUUCGAGGAACUGACGGAAUCAGAAGCGACAUUUUUUCAAACAGUAAAGAGGGAACUUGAAAGUUAUUCAAGGCUGGAUCCCGAAACCGAAGAAAUGAUCAGUCUUAUGCAGGAAACACCGCGUAAGAAAAAGAUAAUUGCACGCGAACCGGUGACGGUAAAGAAUAAAAUUGCCAAAAUUGCGCCAAAGCAACAUAAAUUUGUCAGCGAAGAAAGAACAAGAGCGGCGAGGCCGAAAUCCCCGAGAUCCUUGAUAGAAGAAAUAGAAGUUGACAAGGAAGAAGAUGGCGAAAGAGCGGUUACAACGUUAGAAGCGCCAUUCGCAAAACCGAGAAAGACUGUGAAGAUUGUGAAGAAACGUCGCGGAGAGGAGAUCUUGAGCAAAGUCUGCGCCGUCGAGGUCUGUAAGCCGGAAAUCUGUUGCGCAGACCUGGAAGGUAAGCUUCCGUUUCCGACGACAAGCGCAAACCACCGGCAUACAAUCAAUUUUGAUUCAACGUUCAAUUUUUAUAUUUUAGAAAAACGGAAGGCUGAAUUAAAUACCCAACUUGCUUUGGAGGAGAAAGAACCUCCGUGGGUUAUCACCCAACGGCGACGUAAGUUAUUCGAUCAUGAACAAAAGUUGCCGGAACAUUCGUCCAUCGGGAAGAGGAAGAUCUUGUUGGAGGACGAAUCGCUGGCGGACGUACUCGCGGACGAAGUCGAGGAAGCCAGAAGGGAAAUGCGUGCUUGGCAGGAGAGAAUCGCGUUGGGUAAACGUGACUCCUGGCGGCCCCAAACGAUCGAGGUUGUACACGGGAAACCAGAAGGAAAGAAGAAGGGAGCCGGGAACGGCGACGUCGAGUCGCCUGUACGAGGCGUCGUGGAGAUGGGAAGAUCGAAUUUUCGGCAGCUCGCGGAAACGCGCUCGAAAUGGAAGUCCGCGAUCGAGGACGAGACUUUGCGAGCGCGCGAAGAAAGAAAGGCGAGGAAGCUCGAAUUGCAUCUUGAAAAGUGUGUCCAGGAAGAAGAGACGCAUUCGACGCUAUCCGCAUAUACUGACGAAUCAAUGAAAACGAUAACAGUGACGCCGACGAAACGCGAGUACAGGGGCAGCGAUCAAUAAUUUAACAUUCGUGAUGUUUUGCUGAUCGCGCCAGUUCGGCAAAUAAUUUAUCGGCAAAUGAUAUUAAAAAUUUCGACUGCGAGAACGAAGCUGAAAUGUCAACCGAAUUAACAGUCGAAAAAUUUUCGAGCGUAACAGAAAUCUGAUUAAUUAAUUAACUCGAUAUGCUCUACAGCGCAAUUUUAAUUCUAAUUAUUUCGCAACGUGAGGACUGCAUUGGUAAACUGAUUGAUUACCGGGCUCUAACAAAUAUACACGUGUCUUGAAAUAUGUCAUAAAAAUGAAACUGUAUUCAAAAUAUAUUGAAACGGAGCAAUAAUUUAGUUUAAGUAUUUCUCGAGAUAUAUAUCUCAAGUUCUUGAGUAAGAGAAAUUACGAAGUUGUCCAUUUAAUCGAGGCUGCAUGAAAAGACGAUCUUCGAGAAGUUCGUGAGAAAGAAGUUGGCGGAGGGCACUUUAUAUUUGAAUAGAAUUGCAAGACUUUCAACGUGGCACUUCGCAUAGAGAGAAACGGAUCAAACAUGAACGCCGGACAAGUGAUGCAGAGUACAUGUAUACAUUCCAACGAAAAAUCGAAAGAGCGGGUUCAAUCGAGUGCUGAAAGCUUUAAAAACAAAAUGCAAAUAAAAGAAAUCGGGCAUUUCGAAGUGACUCGGUAAUGAUUCUACAACAUCGUAAACAAUGGACAUUACGCAAAGAGUUUUCCACCUCCGCUGAAAUUCUUUUCGAGCGAUUCUGCAGA